AUGGCCACUCCCAUCCGAACAACAGUCCUCAUCUCCGGCAACGGCUCCAACCUCCAAGCCUUAAUUGAUCAAAUCGCCGCCGGUAACCUAAACGCAAACAUUAUCCGCGUUCUGUCAAACCGUAAAGACGCAUUUGGUCUCGAGCGUGCUCGCAAAGCCAAUAUCCCGACUCAAUAUCACAAUCUUGUCAAGUACAAGAAGCAGCAACCUGCUACGCCCGAGGGUGUCCAGGCCGCACGCGAAAAGUAUGAUGCUGAACUGGCGCGUCUGAUUCUCGCUGACCAGCCGGAGUUGGUUGUUUGUCUGGGUUUCAUGCACAUCCUCUCACCGCAGUUCCUGGAGCCCCUUGAGCUGGCUAAGGUGCGCAUCAUCAACUUGCAUCCUGCGCUGCCUGGAGCGUUCAAUGGUGUGAAUGCAAUUGAGCGUGCUCAUGCUGCGUGGAUGGAAGGCAAGAUCGAUAAGACGGGCGUUAUGAUCCACGACGUCAUCUCGGAGGUGGAUAUGGGCACCCCCAUUCUGGUCCGGGAGAUUCCUUUCCGAAAGGGCGAGGACGAGAAUAUCGAGGUCUUUGAGAAGCGGGUUCACGAGAUAGAAUGGGGUACCGUCAUCGAGGGUGUGAGCUUGGUGCUAAACGAGCUGGCUCAGAAAUCUACUUAA